AUGGAUUCAUCGCGAGAGCAAUCGCCCGUCGAUGCCGGGGAAGAAAACGCUCGUGCAUAUGAACGGCCGGAGGACCCGCCACUCGAUGAACAGCAACAGUUAAGCGAACAACAACAUUUGCUAGACAUGCAACAUGAGAGGCAGCAGCGGCAGCAAUUGCAAGAACAACGUCAACUCACUGAAACAAUGGUGCCGCAUUUUGCGGUGGAGGAAGAAACGCAAGGUGUUGCUUCGGCUUCUGCCUCUGCCUCCGCUUCUGCUUCUGAUGCUGCUUACGAGGCAGAUGUCGAUGAUGUUGAUAUGCCAAUUGUUGCUGAUAAUCUUAAGCAUGAGCAAGUGGCGCGCGAAGUUGCAAAAGCGCCAUACGCACCAGCUGAAAUGAGUCUGAGCGCACAGCAGCGGCGUCAAGCUGAGCGCCAACAUAUUUAUGAGCUUUUUCAACCAUGGGCAUUGAAGAAUUAUGGCGAUCAAGCCAAGACGAAAACCAUAACGUUGCGUAAGAAAACACGCAUUUUGAAAGCGUUAGAGGGCAAGGAGCAUAGUCGGCCGGAUAGUUCGAAAUUUCGGUUUUGGGUGAAAACAAAAGCUUUCACAACCAAACGUCCAGCUGAGUUCAGAGAAGCUGCUGGUGGUCAUCGGCAGCUGGAACCACUCCCUCCGAAUGCUGUGCUCUCCGAUAAUCCUAGUCAAGUCGACCUAUUUGUAGCUUCAACCACAAAGGACUUUGGUAAACGCACCUAUCGCAAGGUGGCCGUUGUAGAAGAAUUCUUUGAUAUUAUCUAUAAUGUACACAUGGAAUUGGGUGGACGUAGUGGCAUGCAUGCCGGUCAAAAGCGCACAUAUCGCAUAAUUACCGAAACAUAUGCUUUCUUACCGCGUGAAGCUGUCACACGUUUUCUAUCUAUUUGUCCAGAGUGUAAGAAGAAUUUGCGCGCCGCUUCACCGGCCACAUCCAUCAAUCCGCCAGAGGAAUGUGGCAACGAUAGCUCAUCGGAAGUGGAAGGACUCAAUUACUCAUCGCAUACUGAAAGCUCUGUGGAAGCAGGACCGACAAAAACUUUAACAAAAGCAGCAGCCUCUACCAUAAGCACUGCUCGCACAGUGGUUCCACUGAAGCGUCGCUACUCACAGCUUGAAGAAGCGUCUGAUAAUACUAAAUUUUUUCCAGCAUCGCAAUCGAUUGCACGUGCUUUACUCACAGCACCGUUGCGACAGCCUCUGGCAGCGCCAGCCUCGCUACCCAGAUCCAGCUCUACAGACACUGCCGUAGCCACAGCGACAGCAGCAGCACCCAUCAUCACCAUCGAUUUGGUAACCGAAAAAACGACACCUUCAUCUAAGCUGACACCGGCACCUAUUGUCGGGCAACCGAAAAUACGCAUCAAUCCACAAUUGCAGCGUCCGUUGACUCCGCCUCUUGUACCGGUUUCAGUUUGUGUUUCGGCAACAAUCUCAUCUACAUCGGCAUCGCCGUCACCGUCACCAUUGGCGGUGCGCGAACCGGUUACGCAUGCGCCGCCAUCUUACCUCGGCUAUCAUCCCCUUUGUUUUGAUAUGAAUUUUCUAAAGACACAUGAGAGCUUCUUUCGUUAUUAUGAAAUGAUGCGUCGUUUCUAUGCCGGCGGCUUUCCAUUGCCACUUCCACCGAUGCCCGCUGAGUUUACCAGCGCUGCUGAGUUAUUAACUGCUCAACGUAAUUCCAACUCAGGUGCAUCGCGUAGUUCUGGUAUUAUCCCAGCCACUAGCAGUGUAACGAAGCCUGCUGCGCAACAAGAACGCUCAGCAAUAAUGCCUGAAAGUACCGCCAUUUACACUAAGCCCAUUAAUACUGAAGAACCUUUAAUAAAAAAAUUCAAAAGCUCACCAGAAAGUGAGAAAACCUUGAGACUGCGCACCAAUGCAACUGAGUCGCAAACUUGUGAGACCAUAUCAGCCAGUGCUGCUGCUGCUACGGUGGCUUCGUCCACUGCUGUUGAGUUGGAAAUGGUUACCGAGGCAAUGGCGCCACUGACACCCCUAUCCCCUCCCCCCACACAGCUCAGUGCAAUUAAUCUGUCAACAACUUCUACUUUCAGGUCUACACGCUCGAAUGGUACAGCAACGUCACACACGAAACCGCUAUCAACUCUGCCACCCAUCGUUAUACCAACAACACCGCUAACAUUAACGUCAUCGGCGAUGUCACAACUUGUCACCUCCACUCCUACAGCGCUCAAAAGCAAUCUGUCAUCGACACUUUCAUUCAAGUCCACCACAUCCGAAGUGAGAGCUUCUUCGUCCAAGUACACGCCGUCCGGCAGCGGUGAUAAUCGUCCAGCAUCUUCAGCGACUUCACGCUAUUCUUCGCGUUUGCCGCCGUUGGAUUUGGAGCGUUUGAAACCGAUUACUUCGACAUAUUUGCAAUUGACACGCAGCAUGGGCUUAAGCGAUGAGGAUGCCUUGCGCUUUGACAACCUGGUGAGUAAUGAUUUCAAUUAUACGCUAUAA